CCGUAAUUUCACUCCAACUCUUUUGACCCUCAUUCACAACGCUCCGUUAUUUCGAUAAGAUUUGAAAAAAUAGAAUCACAUCUCAGGUUCGUUUUGGGGCUUCAAAAUUCGAAACAAAACCGUAUUAGCCGCGAGAGAGAGAGAGAGAGAGAGAGAGAGAAUUUAGCAAAUCGAGACAACUAUCAAAUUAGUUUACAGUAGUUUUAUACAGUGACAGCCAAAAAGAAGAAGAAAAGUAGAAACUGAUGAGAGUUCUCGUUUUUGUAAAUCAUGAUUAUGUUGUUUCUUGAUUCUUGAUUGAUUUCCAAUUGAAUCAUUUCUUCUUUAGAUAUAGAAUCAUAGAUAGAUACAGAGUUAUAUAUAUAUAGAGAGAGAGAUAGAGAGAGAGAGAGAGAGGAGUUUAGGGUUUUCGGAUCAAUUUUUAGAGAGAGGAAGUUGGGGAUUUGAAGAUGACGGAGGUGGUCCUCCACAUAUACGAUGUGACGAAUAGUGGUUCAGAUAAGACCAACAACACCAUUGUUCAGAUCAACAAGAUCUUUAAAGACGGUAUUGGUCUUGGUGGAAUCUUCCACAGCGCCGUUCAGGUUUAUGGAGACGAAGAAUGGUCAUUUGGCUUCUGUGAUCAAGGCACUGGAGUAUUUAGUUGCCCUUCUGGAAAGAAUCCAAUGUAUACAUAUCGUGAAUGCAUCAUCCUUGGAAGAACAAACUGCUCGAUAUUCAAGGUCAAUCAGAUCCUGAGAGAACUUAGUAGAGAGUGGCCUGGUAACUCAUACGACUUACUAUCCAAAAACUGCAAUCACUUCUGUGAUGAACUCUGUGAAAGUCUUGGUGUGCCUAAACUUCCUGGUUGGGUUAACCGCUUUGCCCAUGCUGGUGAUGCUGCGGUCGAGAUAGCAGGAAAUACAGCAUACAGGCUGAGACAAGCUAAAACAGAGAUUGUAUCAGCCAGCAAAGUGGCAUAUCGGUUUCUCGCAAGUGUUACUUCCAGCUCCACUAUUGCUUCCAAGUCUCCAGCCAAUUCAAAUAGAGGUUCCCCUAGAUUCCAAGGUACUUGGUUUAAAAACCUCGUUUCUGCUGGUCCCAAACCCUCUGGUAGUUCAGAACUGGAAACCCAGGAGGAUGACAAGCCUCAGCAGCAACAGCGACAAGAUGCAGAAGCACCCCUGCACCAGAAUAUACGGCAUGAUACUUGAGGAAGUAUUCCCCUGGCGUACGAUUGCCGUGUGUACUAUUUUAGAACCUUUUAAACCAAUUGAUUAUUUGUUAAUUGUGAAUUAGUGUAAAAUGUUUACAGACUUUGUUCAACUGUGGAAUUUCUUCAUUGGAAAAAUUGUGCAUCUUAAAAGUGUUUUUUUCUC